AUGGAUCUUGUCACCGCCACUAUUGAACUCACUCCGAUCGAGGCAACCCUACGAACCCUCCUUCUCGACGUCGCACAAUACGUUGAUGAGAAAAAUGAGUUGGACAAUGAAGGCGAUACAGCUAAGAAGCCUGCAACAGUCCUGCGUUUUACAGGCGGCUGGGUUCGCGACAAGCUUCUUGGGGUAGACAGUCAUGAUAUUGACGUGGGAAUUAGCAGCAUGACAGGCUACACGUUCGGAAUGGCCUUGAAGGAAUAUCUUGAUAUUCCAGAGAACCUCGAAAAGUACAAGAGGCUAGAUCGUGAUCAACAUGAUGAGAUUGUGAGCUUGCACAAGAUCGAGGCUAACCCAGAAAAAUCUAAACACCUGGAGACUGUCACAACCAAGAUCUUUGGACUCGAUAUUGACCUGGUCAACUUGCGCAAGGAGACAUACACUGAAGAUAGUCGCAACCCACAAAUGGAGUUUGGAACUGCACAAGAGGAUGCAAUGCGACGCGAUGCGACCAUCAAUGCCCUAUUCUACAACCUGAAUGAAUCGCAACUAGAAGAUUUUACCGAACAAGGCCUAGAAGACAUGAAAAAACAUAUCGUUCGGACACCUUUGGAACCAUACCAAACAUUUAAAGAUGACCCACUCCGCGUUCUGCGAGUGAUUCGCUUUGCGAGCCGACUGGGCUACAAUAUCGAUCCAGAGGCUGAGGCAGCAAUGCAAAAUGAAGACAUCAGGGAAGCGCUGAAGCUGAAAAUAAGCAAAGAGCGUGUUGCAGCUGAGCUUGAGAAGAUGUUGCGUGGCCCCGAUCCUCGCGGCGCAUUGGAACUUAUUGACCGGAUCGGACUGUAUUCCACUAUCUUUGCCAAUCACCAAGAUAAUGUUAAGGCGAGUACGUCGACCUGGCCUAUCGCCUACAAUUCUUUGCCCUUUUUGCUUCACCCUGAACUCCAUCAAGACGAAACUGCUCAGGAGGUAUUGGGUCGCCUUCGACAGAUCCUGUUCCGUGACCCUGCGAGCGCAUAUCACGCUUGGAUGAUCGCAGCCUUUGCUCCAUGGACGGCCAUCCCCCCUCGGGCUGCUACCGGCCCCAAGUACAAGCCACAGACUACGCGUCCAGUUGACGUCGCCCGAGACAGCCUCCGCUCGGAUAACAAAACCAUGACCAUCCUUCGCGAUGCCACCUGGAACUAUAAGGAUAUCAUUGAAUUCAAGUCUUCCCUGCUCGUUAAUUCUGAGAGAGACUUAAGUGCCGAAGUUCGGCAGCAAGUCGGCCUACGGAUCCGGCUCUGGGGCAAGGAUUGGAGAUUGUGCAUUGUGCUAGCUUUUCUCCAGGAACUCAUGCAGGGAGGCAACAUCGUUGCAGUGGCUAAACACUACGACCAAUUCCUGGCAUAUAUUGUAGAACAUGACCUGGAGGACGUAUGCGACCUCAAACCGAUUGUAAAUGGAGGAGAAAUCAUGAAAUUCCUUAGUGCCAAAAAUGGACCCUGGAUGAAAAAAGCGACCACGAUCAUAAUGGAAUGGCAGCUCCUGCAUCCUGAGACGAGCAAAGAUGUGGCAUUGGAGGAACUUCAGCGCCGACUUGGAGAGUUGAAGUAA